AUGAGUAGCCGUCUUCUCCGACUGGCACUCCUCGUGGCUUGCGCGCUCUCUGUCCGCUGCACCGCCGCCGCGCCCGGCACCGACGCGGAGGCGCGCACGGCGCCCCGGGGAUCCUGCGCGUCCUGCGGCGUGGCCCAGCCGGAGGACCCGGAGUCGGGCCGUCUGCGCGUGGACUUCCUGGAGGCGGUGAAGAGGCACAUCCUGAGCCGGCUGCAGAUGCGGGAGAGACCCAACAUCACGCACCCGGUGUCGCGGGCGGCCAUGGUGACGGCGCUGCGCAAGCUCCACGCGGGGAAGCUGCGCGAGGACGGGAGGGUGGAGAUCCCCAACCUGGACGGGCACGCGAUGAGCAACGAGGCGCUCGAGGAGAGCUCGGAGAUCAUCAGCUUUGCGGAGAAAGAUGACAUCGUGACCUCCAAGUCCAGCCUGUUCUUCCUGAUCUCCAGCGAGGGGAACCAGAACCUGCACGUGACGCAGGCCACGCUCUGGCUCUACUUCAAGCUGCUGCCGCCGCCGGCGGAGGUGCGCACCCGGCGGAAGGUGACGGCGAAGGUGUACUACCAGGAGCCGGGCCUCGGCAGCAAGUGGAACCUGGUGGAGAAGCGGGUGGAGCUGAAGCGCAGCGGCUGGCACACCUUCCCGCUAACGGACGCCGUGCGCCUGGUCUUCGAGAAGGGCGAUCGGCGCCAGAACCUGGACGUGCGUUGCGACGGUUGCGAGGCAGAAGGCGUCGUGCCCAUCCUGUUGAACCACAACGACGAGUCGCACCGCCCGUUCCUCGUGGUGCAGGCGCGACAGGUGGAGAACCAGCACCGCAUCCGUAAGAGGGGGCUGGAGUGCGACGGCAGCAGCAGCCUGUGCUGCCGCCAGCAGUUCUACAUAGACUUCCGGCUCAUAGGCUGGAACGACUGGAUCAUCGCGCCGUCGGGGUACUUUGGGAACUACUGCGAAGGGAACUGCCCAGCCUACAUGGCGGGCGUCCCCGGGUCGGCCUCGUCCUUUCACACGGCGGUGGUGAACCAGUACCGCAUGCGUGGGAUGAGCCCCGGCUCCAUGAACUCGUGCUGCAUCCCCACCAAGCUCAGCACCAUGUCCAUGCUCUACUUCGACGACGAGUACAACAUCGUCAAGCGGGACGUUCCCAACAUGAUCGUGGAAGAGUGUGGCUGCGCUUGAGUGGGUGUUAACCGCCGGUUAUUUAAGGUGGAACUGAAGAACUUAACCGCAAACACAUUUACGAUAACACAACAACAACAAAAUGAAUAGAAACAGAAUAUUUAUGGACGAUGGAGAAAACAUGAGCACACACAAUCUCACCCACACAUAUCGACACACCCUCGUGUACGCCUGCACAAAAACUUGUAUAUAUAUUUAUGUCUGUUGAUAUAUUUUGAUAUUAAACUGUUUCUGUGUAGAAACGAUUCAGUCUCCUUUAAAGGGACGUGAAGAGUUCUCUUCCGAAUCUUAAAAAAAUCCACUUUGGAAAAACAAUCAAUCAAAACCGAAGUUCCUUGUUACAUAUCUCUAAGAUAUAGAGGAUCUGGUUCGCUAAGACUUAUGUAACCUACCUAUGUAGCCUUUAAAAGCAGCAUCAUGAUGUAAUUCCCUGCUAUCAGUCACGUUGUUAGAGUAGCUACGUGUGUGUAGAAGUUGGGGAAUUAAACUCGUGUAUAAGUUGAACCCAACAUAGAUGGCAAAGAAAACGUCUCCAGAGGAGCCUUACGGGAAGAUCGUCUCGGGUUACUUAUGUAACCCUUGUUCCCCGAGAUAGGGGAACAGGGUGAUUCAGCUACGCCUCUUUCAAGACAAUCGUGUGCAAACACACGGGACAAGCACUGAAAACGCAAUCAGUCAAACUUUAACAUACAGCACUUCUGGCCAAUCACACAACCUCUUAGAGGGACGUUGUUCCACGAUAAAACACGUGGAUUCAGACUUUUUGGGACGCAUUCCAACACUCGGACAGACGCUGAAAAACCCAAUCUGAAUGGACUUAUCAACCAGGUUGACGCAGUCAACAAACAGUGAAAUCAUCCUCUUGUCUUUUCAUUGUCUUAGUUGUUGAGGACGCACUGUUGCAUGUUUCUAAAUGUUGGAGGAGGAACUUUUUAUAGGGUGACCCCGACUUGUGAUGGGAAGUGUUGUGCUGGGUAGAAAGGGAUGUUUUGAUCCACACUUCCCUCAAAUUCUCAACUCCUGUCUGCAAAUCAUGAAUCCAUUUCUAUAAUGAGUGAUUUCUGCACUCCUUUACUUAAAUCUAAGAACUUGCAACCUCAAAUUACAAAAUCGAGCACCAAGUUAUACCUCAAAGUUACAUCUUUAAUACUACUCAGAUGUGCUACAGGUCGAUUUGGAUGUUGAGAGUUGAACUUCAGGCUCAUCAGAGAGAAGGAAGGGGACUAAUCGUUUGAGAGCAUGAUUUUGGCUACAUCUACAAUACUGCACGUUACGCCUCUCGUCCACACAGUUUGGGCCUUUCCAAGCCCCUAAAUUGG